CGGAAUCUCUCGGCGUGUGAGCUUGGUUGUCCUAUCAAAGCCAGCCUCCCGGCUCGCGUGCGCCGGCCUAGUUUGCUCGCGUCCUCACCCGCUUUGGGUUUCCCGGCCUCAUGGCCGGCCUGACCUUAUUUGUGGGCCGCCUCCCGCCCUCGGCCCGCAGUGAGCAGCUGGAGGAACUGUUCAGUCAGGUGGGGCCGGUGAAGCAGUGCUUCGUGGUGACUGAAAAAGGGAGUAAGGCAUGUCGAGGCUUUGGCUAUGUCACUUUUUCAAUGCUGGAAGAUGUUCAGAGGGCCCUCAAGGAGAUUACCACCUUUGAAGGUUGCAAGAUCAAUGUGACUGUUGCCAAGAAAAAACUGAGGAACAAGACAAAGGAAAAGGGGAAAAAUGAAAACUCAGAGUGCCUAAAGAAGGAGCCGAAGGCUAAAAAAGCCAAAGUGGCAGAUAAGAAAGCCAGAUUAAUUAUUCGGAACCUGAGCUUUAAGUGUUCAGAAGAUGACUUGAAGACAGUAUUUGCUCAAUUUGGAGCUGUCCUGGAAGUAAAUAUCCCUAGGAAAUCAGAUGGGAAGAUGCGUGGUUUUGGUUUUGUUCAGUUCAAAAACCUCCUAGAAGCAGGUAAAGCUCUCAAAGGCAUGAACAUGAAAGAGAUAAAAGGCCGGACAGUGGCUGUGGAUUGGGCUGUGGCAAAGGAUAAAUAUAAAGAUACACAGUCUGUUUCUGCUAUAGGUGAGGAAAAGAGCCAUGAAUCUAAACAUCAGGAAUCAGUUAAAAAGAAGGGCAGGGAGGAAGAGGAUAUGGAAGAGGAAGAAAACGAUGAUGAUGAUGGUGAUGAAGAAGAUGGGGUUUUUGAUGAUGAAGAGGAAGAGAAUAUAGAAUCAAAGGUGACCAGGCCUGUGCAAAUUCAGAAGAGAGCAGUCAAGAGAGCAGCCCCUGAAAAAAGCAGUAAUCAUUCUGAGGAGGACAGUGACCUAGAGGAAAGUGAUAGUAUUGAUGAUGGAGAGGAACUGGCUCAGAGUGAUACCAGCACUGAGGAGCAAGAGGAUAAAGCUGUGCAAGCCUCAAACAAAAAGAAGAGGAAAUUACCCUCUGAUGUGAAUGAAGGGAAAACUGUUUUUAUCAGAAAUCUGUCCUUUGACUCAGAAGAAGAAGAACUUGGGGAGCUUCUCCAACAGUUUGGAGAACUCAAAUAUGUUCGCAUUGUUUUGCAUCCAGACACAGAGCAUUCUAAAGGUUGCGCAUUUGCCCAGUUCACGACUCAAGAAGCAGCUCAGAAAUGCCUUCUAGCUGCUUCUCCAGAGAAUGAGGCUGGUGGGCUUAAACUGGAUGGCCGGCAGCUCAAGGUUGACUUGGCGGUGACCCGUGAUGAGGCUGCAAAGCUUCAGACGACGAAGGUGAAGAAGCCGACUGGCACCCGGAAUCUCUAUCUGGCCCGAGAAGGCUUGAUUCGUGCUGGGACGAAGGCUGCAGAGGGUGUGAGUGCUGCUGAUAUGGCCAAAAGAGAACGGUUUGAGCUGCUGAAGCAUCAGAAACUCAAGGACCAGAAUAUCUUUGUCUCCCGAACCAGGCUCUGCCUGCACAAUCUCCCAAAGGCUGUAGAUGACAAACAGCUCAGAAAGCUGCUGCUGAGUGCUACUAGUGGAGAGAAAGGGGUGCGCAUCAAGGAGUGUAGAGUGAUGCGAGACCUCAAAGGAGUUCAUGGGAACAUGAAGGGUCAGUCCCUGGGCUACGCCUUUGCAGAGUUCCAAGAGCACGAGCAUGCCCUGAAAGCCCUCCGCCUCAUCAACAACAAUCCAGAAAUCUUUGGGCCUCUGAAGAGACCAAUAGUGGAGUUCUCUUUAGAAGAUCGAAGAAAACUUAAAAUGAAGGAAUUAAGGAUCCAGCGCAGCUUGCAAAAAAUGAGAUCCAAGCCUGCAACUGGUGAGCCUCAGAAGGGGCAACCAGAGCCUGCAAAAGACCAGCAACAGAAGGCAGCUCAACACCACACAGAGGAACAAAGCAAGGUGCCCCCAGAGCAGAAGGGAAAGGCGGGCUCUACCUCAUGGACUGGGUUCCAGACCAAGGCUGAAGUGGAGCAGGUGGAGCUGCCUGAUGGAAAGAAGAGAAGAAAGGUCCUGGCGCUCCCCUCACACCGAGGCCCCAAAAUCAGGUUGCGGGACAAAGGCAAAGUGAAGCCCGUCCAUCCCAAAAAACCAAAGCCCCAGAUAAACCAGUGGAAGCAGGAGAAACAGCAAUUAUCUUCCGAGCAGGGAUGGAAAGAUACUUUUAGUUGGAAGGAAUUUGGAGCCUUUAAACAACACCUGGAGCAGCUGCCUGUGGGUGGGGCUUUGCACAGUCUCAUCCUGGCAAGGGAGGACCAGCCAAGGACCAGUUUUGAAGAAUUGUCAUCAUGAGGCCUUGGUUGUGUGCUGGGCUGGGGCAUUGCCCCUUUCCAUGAGGCCAGGCCAAGCAGGGCUGCCUGGCUUAGGCUUUUGCAUCUUCAGCACCCUUUCACGUCUCUUAUCUCAGGUGACCUUCACAGCAAGCCUGGUGAAGGUUAUUGAGAAGCAGAUGUCAGCACCUAGUCUUAUAGCUGAUGAAAGCAGGAUGUGGGGAAGUUUAGACCCUCUCCUGAAAUCCCUUGGCCACCUGAGCUAGUACCAGAGCAAGGUCCCACUUGGCCCUGAGUGCUGUCUCUAGGGCCUAUUUCAGGAACUGUCUCAUAUAUAAGAACAGAACACUUUUUGCCAGCUAUACCAAAUGUUUUUGGGAUUAAAAAAAUAGUUUCUCUUUUCCAAUUUAGGUGGUAAGAAAAGGAAGGGCAUUUUCAUUCUCACAUUCUUUGAAUGUUGAAAUGUUUUAAAAACUUCCAGCUGGGCUUGGUGGCCCAUACCUGUAACCCCAGCACUAUGGGAGGCUGAGAUGGGAGGAUCCCUUGAGGCCAGGAGUUCAGGACCGGCCUGGGCAACAUAGUGAAACUGCCCAAAAUUUAAAAAUUAGCCUUGUAUGGUGGUGUGCACUGUAGUCCCCGCUGCUCGGGAGGCUGGGGCAGGAGGAUUGCUUGAGCCCAGGAGUUUGAAGCUGCAGUGAGCUAUGGUUGUACUACUGUCUGUACUCCAACCUGGGCAACAGAGUGAUACCCUGUCUAAAAAAAUAAUAAAAUAAAAAAGGAUUAAACCCUUUACUUGACCAGCUUCUUUUCCCACUACCCCAGGACUAACUAAUCAUUACAUAUUUUUGUAGUUGUUUUCUCUCUUUCUCUCUCCUGAUCUACCACAAGCCAAAUGUACACAUAUACAUACUAAAAGGUGAAAAAAGAGAGUUCGAGGAGUGAAUACAUAUUUUGUGAUUUCCUAGGCAGAAGCUAGGACUCCCUUAGAGGUUGCUAAUAGGGAAAGGGUGGGCUGGCUCUACUCAGUUUUAUAACUGCUUUUCCCCGAAUUCUGCAGACAUCUUCAUUCCCCUGGAGGUCAGAUAAUGGCUAUUUAUUUUCCAUAGCCAUGAAAAUCUCUGGGGAGAGCCGUGGCAAUUUGACGAGAGCUAUUAAAGGGAUAUUAGCAUUGAAGUGGCUGCUCAGGCAGUCACAUACCCUCGAUCCUCAUCUGCAGGGACAGCUGCCAGAACGAAUGGGGACAGCUGCCAGAACGAAUGAUCCCAGCUCUCCUGCCCGCAGCCAGCCACGUGUGGGUGCAACUGGCGACCAGCCACUGGCGUGAGUCCCAGGGAAGGGGACAGGUUCUUAGAAUCACCAUUUGUUUCUGCUGUCUCCCUCUCUGCAAUAGGGCGGGCACUCUAAACUCACGUAAUGGUUAAUAACAACAGCUAACAAUUACCGAGCACCUACUAUGUGUCAGGUAUGUGCUGAGGAUGAUCUCGUCAAGUAAAAUGCCUGUCUCUGGCCUAGAGGCCCAGAAGAAAAGAAGGGAAAUCUGUAGAAAGCUAGCAGUCCCUCACCCCUCUGCUUGCAGACCUUCAGUGACAGGACACUCCCUGUUUGCCCCAAGCACCUCUUGCAUUUUCAGAGCUUGGGACACAGAUUCAGGGACUUGCACUUUGAUAGGGUGCCUUAGGACCCCUUGUCGGAGCCAUGGAAAGUCUUUCUGGGCCCAUCCUUCCUGUGGAGGUGUCUUUCCUUCUUUUGGCCACCCCCUGGGAAUCCCUAGUAGAGAGCAGGCACUUAAUAGCCAGUGCAGUGAGAGUGGUCUGUGAUGUCUGGGCCAGGGCAAGGCCCACCAAGUGGGCUCCCAGGUGCCUGCCUCUGGGGUUUGAGGCCCUCAGUGACCCUUAGGCAAUAGCUGGGUCUUAACGAGGGAUCAUGUCUUUUCCUGGGUAGUCAGGGGUAGAGGGGUGUGAACUGAUCUGAGUUACUCUAGGAAGGCUAGAGACAAAAGCAGGAGCUGAGAGAAAGGCUGAGGCUCCUCCCAAGAGACUCCAAGUCCUGAGAGCAAGAAGCGGAGAGCCUUGCGCCAGGCCAGGUGUUGCCCCUGUCAGUGCUGAUGGACAGGCAAGAGAGGUUGCUGAUGCUGCAGCCCCGUGAAGCUGAGACUCACCCUUUGCCCACUUUCACACCCAUCUCCCCAGGAGGCUGCGGUGACACAGGUAAAAGCCAAAGGACAGAGGAUGACCCUGGACAAAUCACUCAGACCCUCUAGUCCUCUUUGCUCAUUUAUAAAAUAGAGGCAAAAAGCCCCCUAGUACUAAAUGAAAUAGCCAUUGUAAAAGAGCACGGGAGAUAGGGUCUGUGAUGUCUUUUGUCCCCAGUGUCCUGAGUGAAUUCACAGGAAAGGGGAGAAAGACUGGUUGCCCACUUCCAGGGUGAUUGGCUAAUUUCCACUUCUCUCCUGCUAGGGGUGGGAACACACGCCAGAAUCCUGGGAAGGCUGCAUGUCCUCAGGUGGCGCUGUCCACAUCUCCAGCCUCUGCAGGGAUACCAGAAUAUGAGCCAGGCUCUGCUUCUGGGGUGACCCACCUUCCUUGGUGCCCCUUCUUUCCUCACAACUGCAGGCAGAAGGAGAGUGUGUCUUGUCUCUCUGAGGAGCUGGCUGUGCCAUUUAAGCAGGUCCUAGGGGUGGAGCACUGUGAAGAGAUGGCACCCGGGUCCGUGUUCCUCCUUUUCCAGAGCAAACCCUGCUAAGGGAUCAUGACAGUCCCUGCGUCUGGCCCAGACUGGGCCUCGGGAGGCUUUUGACAUCAAUCCAUGCAACCGCACCCAACAAUUGGAGUCAGCAUGGGAGGUGAGACACACUUGCCAAUUUUGCUGUAAGGGAACAGCCUUCUUUACCAAAGCAUAGCACAGUAUUGAUAACAGUUGUUUCCAGGCAUCGUAGAAAGCAUUUAGUGGGCAUUAACAUCUUUGAUCCUCACCACAAGGUCAGGGGUUGGAUGAUGUUAGCAUGCUCAUUGAAGGAUCAGAAAAGUCAGGCUCAAGAUAGCUCACUCUUCAUUCAACCAACCAGUGUUAACUGAAUAUUGACUGUGCACCCCUCUGUGCCAGUGCUCCCCCAGGAGCUGCAGAGGGUCCUGAGCAGAGUGAGCUCCAGUGCUGAUUCAUCUGAAAUGUUUGAUCCAUGCUGGGUUCUAACCCUUCCCUGCUCAGAGCCCUCAGAGUCCAGGCCAGGUAGAACCCAGAACAGAGCCUCUGGCAGGAAGGAGCUUGCAUGGUCCUCAGGCUUCAUGUCCAGAGAUCAUUCCUCCACUUUGAGCUUCUUUGUGAAAACCAAUCACAAAGAGAGGAAGAGUGAAAUGUGCCAAAGCCUCUGCCAGGGUUGUAGCAAGGAAACCUGGGCUUCUAGGGAAAGUUGAGAAAGGGCCUAUAUUAGUCAGCUAGGGCUACUGUAAGAGAGUACCACAGGCUGGGUGGCUUAAACAACAGAAAUUUAUCACCUUACGGUUCUGGAGGCUAGAAGUCCAAAAUCAAAGUGUUGGCAAGGUUGGUUCCUUCUGAGGAAUUUCUUGGCAUUGCCUGGCAUAUAGAUGCAUCACUGCAGUCUCUGUCUCAUUGUCACAUGGCCAUCUUCUCCCUGUGUCUAUAGGUCUAUGUCCAAAUUUCCCUCUUCUUAUAAAGACACCAGUCAUAUUGGCUUAGGCGCAGCCCAAUGAUUUCAUCUUAAUUUGAUUACAUCUCUGCUAUGGUUUGAAUGUGUCCCUUCCAAAAUUCAGGUUAUUGCCAAUGUGAUAGUAUUGAGAUGGGGGCCUUAAAGAAGUGAUUAGGCCAUGAGGGUGCCUCUCUCUGAAGGGAGGCUCACUGGAUUGUAUCAGUGUAACAUAAUUUACGUAACCAGUUCUUUAUGUGAUGGAAAUCCCAUUCAAAGGUUUCCAACCUUUGCUGUUACAAACUGCUAUGAAGAGAAUUAUACUAAUUCUAUAUAAUUAUACUAAUUAUACUAAUACAUUAUACUAAUCAGGUGCUGUUGUUGUUUUUAUGAUGCAUUAUCCUGGAGAGACUGCCCCUCCCAGGGCUAGCUACUUUGGGGAGAGAGUAAACAACUUGUGGAGCGUGCCUUUCGUAUGCAAACCAGUCAAUCCAGAGCCCAUACUCCCAGUCAUCUCGUUUAUCAAACUCUGACACAGCAAGCCAAUAUUCCCCCUGCCCUAAAUCACUCCAGGUCCAGGCAUGGGACAACUAGGGACCAUCCCUAUAGCCAGGGCCUGCCAAAGUUAUACAGACUAGCCAAUCCUAAGCCUGCUUCCCUGCCUUGCUUUGCCUUUCUGCUGGAAACUACAUUAAAGGCACUGGGUCGUGCUUUUCCCUCACCCCCUCUGCUUCCUGGCUAACCCAAGUUCUUCCUGUGUUGCCCUGCAAGGCGUGACAUACCUCUCCUCCUGGGAACUGCAUAACAAACUCUUCUUGCAGAGAUCGUUUUCUCUCUGUCUGUCAUCUUACCAUACCCGAUGAAAACAAAUCUGGGUAAAUUUUUUUUUUUUUUUUGAGAGAGAGGGUCUCACUCUGUCUCCCAGGCUGAAGUGCAGUGGUGUAAUCACAGCUCACUGCAGCCUCCACCUCCUGGGCUCUAGUGAUCCUCCCAAGUCAGCCUUCCAAAUAGCUGAGACUACAGGCACACACCACCAUGCCUAGCUAAUUUUUGGCGUAUUUGUUAUAGAGACAGAGUUUCGCCAUGUUGCCCAGGCUGGUCUUGAACUCCUGAGCUCAAGUGAUCCACCCACCUUGGCUUCCCAAAGUGCUGGGAUUAUAAGUGUGAGCCACAACAUCCGGCCAUGGGUACAUUUUAAAGCAGGCGUUUUGUUCAUGCACAGGCCUUGCUCUCAGUUAAGGGGAAAAUGAGUGAUCCUUUGCUUGGCUCUGAAGGAGCAGUGCUUUAUUUGUAAAGAAUAUAUUCCGUAUAUUUAAAGAAAAGCAAUGGGAGGCAUUUGAAAAUAAAUAUGUUCAUUUUUUUUGUAUUAUAAAAAUAAUAUAUGCUCAGUAAAGAGAAUCUGAAAAAUACGGAAGUAUUGGGGGAACCCACCCCCAAUAUUUCAAUGUAGGUUCUUUCUAUUUUCCAUAAGUGUUGGCCGGCUGAGAAAUAAAGAGAAAGAGUACAAAGAGAGGAAUUUUACAGCUGGGCCGCCAGGGGUGACAUCACAUAUCAGUAGGACUGUGAUGCCCACCUGAGCCUCAAACCAGCAAAUUUUUUAUUAAGGGUUUCAAAAGGGGAGGGGGUGUAAAACAGGGAGUAGGUACAAAGAUCACAUGCUUCAAAGGUCAAAAAGCAGAACAAAGAUCACAUGCUUCUGAGGGAACAGGACAAAAGGCAAAACAGAACUACUGAUAAGGGUCUAUGUUCAGCUUUGUGCUUAUUGUCUUGAUAAACAUCUUAAACAACAGAAAACAGGGUUGAGAGCAGAGAACCGGUCUGACCACAAAUUUACCAGGGCGGAGUUUUUCCCCACCCUAAUAAGCCUGAGGGUACUGCAGGAGACCAGGGCGUAUCUCAGUCCUUGUCUCAACCACAUAAGAGAGAAACUCCCAGAGCGGCUGUUUAUAGACCUCCCCCCAGGAAUGCAUUCCUUUCCCAGGGUAUUAAUAUUAAUAUUCCUUGCUAGGAAAGGAAUUUAGUGAUAUCUCUCCUACUUGCACAUCCGUUUAUAGGCUCUCUGCAAGAAGAAAAAUAUGGCUCUUUUUGUCUGACCCCACAGGCAGUCAGACCUUAUGGUUGUCUUCCCUUGUUCCCUAAAAAUCACUGUUAUUCUGUUCUUUUUCAAGGUGCACUGAUUUCAUAUUGUUCAAACACACAUGUUUUACAAUCAGUUUGUACAGUUAACACAAAUAUCACAGUGGUCCUGAGGUGACGUACAUUCUCAGUUUACGAAGAUAACAGGAUUAAGAGAUUAAAGUAAAGACCGGCAUAAGAAAUUAUAAAAGUAUUUGGGAACUGAUAAAUGUCCAUGAAAUUUUCACAAUUCAUGUUCCUCUGCCGCGGCUCCAGCCGGUCCCUCUGUUCGGGGUCCCUGACUUCCCGCAGCACACAAGGAAAUUUUAAAAAUUAAAAACCAACUAUUCCUCCAAAAAUUAAUAAUAGAAAUGUCAUAUGAUCCAGGAAUUUCACUCUUCAGUAUAUACUCAAAAGAACUGGAAGCAAGGAUGUGAACAUAAAUGUGUACAUUACUGUUCAUAGCAUUAUUCACAGUAGUUAAAAAGGGGAAACAGCCCAAAUGUCCAUCAACAGAUGAAUGGAUGAACAAAAUGGGAUAUUUAAGUUAUGUACAAUGGAACGUUAUUCAGCCAUAGAAAGUAAUGAAAUUCUGAUUCAUGCUGCAACAUGGAUGAACCUUAAAAACACUGUGCUAAGUGAAAUAACCCAGACAAAGGGAAAAUAUAAUAUGAUUCCACUUGUAUGAAGUACCUAGACUAGGCAGAUUUGUGAGAGACAGAAAGUGCCAUUGAGGUUACCAGAGGCUGAGGGUAAGGGGCAAUGGGGAGGGAGGUAUUGUUUAAUGGGUACAGGGUUUCAGUGUGGGAAGAUGAAAAAGUCCUGGAAGAUGAAAGAAAAAAUUCUGGAAAAUUAUAGUAGUGAUGGGUUACCUAAUAUUGUGAAUGUACUUAAUGCUACUGAAUUAUACACUAAAAAAUGGUUAAAGUGGUAAAUUUUGUUACAUAUAUUUUACUGGAAUGAAAACAAUUAAAACCAUCUAUAAAUCAUGGUAUCCAGAGGAAACAAUAAGUAUUUUGGCUGAUUUUAACACUUUUUUUCCCCGGUAGAUAUGUGUUUUAUAAAAUUUGGCUAAUAAUACUAUGCAUGUAAUACUGAGCUCUUGAAUUUUACAUUUUAAUUGUAUUUUCCAUGUCAUUAAAUACAAUGAAAUCA